AUCACUUUGUUUCUUAUUAAUAGAAUAUGAAAUCAGAGUGGCCACUAAGGAGAUAAGUGUCAACUUGUUAUACAUAUUACAUGUAUGUAUAUGCAUGCACGCAAACAAACCCAUUUAAUUGUAUAUGUCUAUACUAAUGAGUUAAAAUUCUCCAAUAAAGAUAACACAUUCAAGACAACAAAAAUGCCGAUAUGAGGUUUUUAAAUAUUCCCAAGUUACAGGAGUCAAUUCACAAUUGUUGAAAUAUACGAGUAUCUUUUUGAAGACUAACUUGAGAUCUAUGUGUAUGUGCAUAUUCAAUGCAUCAGGUUGUAAGUAUGUUAUAAAAAUGCAAAACAUACUUAAUCCCUUAUAGAAUCAUGAGUGCAAGUUUGCUAAUGAAAAGCUGGACAGGUAUUAUUAUCAGGAUUGGACUUUGUAUUUAUGAAUUAAGACGUAUUGUGGUGAACUUUUGCUUAAUAAACGUGCAGGUCAAAUUGUCAGCCAAACUUGUGAAUAAAUAAUUGAAGGAAUAUACAUAAUUACGUGCAUCGUCUGCACUGGAAAGAGACGCUAUGUAUUUCCAUAUAUUUUUACACUUACUAGUUUACAGUUUUUGGGGUGUGAUAUAUGAAAUAAAAUUUUGAUCCGUAAAAUCGAAUGUACGUAAGCGUCUCUGUUUGGUAUCCGGUUUCUGAAGAUGAUGCUGUAGUGGAAUGGUUCCAAGAAAUUUUGUAUGGUCAUCAUCAUUGAUAAUAUUUGAAAAGAUUUUACAUGUAUCCUACAGUUCCAUUGUACGAGAACAAGUAUUCUACACACGUCAUUGUGCAUAAAAACUAGUCCACUUACUAUCUUGCGGUUUGUUAAUUAGCAUACGCAGCCUGGAGAUUGCAAUUGAUUCUGUUAUUUUCCGUAGCAAUAAUGGAAAUGUAAAUAUUUUUAAUUUAAAAAUAUAUAAAAUUAUCCGAAUGGAAAUACUUACUGACCUUACGCUGCGCUGAUUUACUCACAAGUUGUACACAUUCAUAGAAAUUAGGCCGGAUUUUGUGUAUGGCUAUCUCAACGAAUGGAAACGACGACCUCAUCCACCAACUCUUCAACAUUAUACACCCGCCCCUUGGAAUUCACAUUGUUUGAAACAAUAACCCUCAUAAUUUCCUUAUCAACAAUAUUUAUCGUAUUACUAUUUUCUAUAGCAACCAACAUAAUUGCAAUACGUAUAUUUUUAACAAAGAAAUUAACCACCCCAAAACUUCUAUAUAUUUCAAUUUCCGUGAGUGACUUGAUAUUUUUGUUGACCUCGUUAUUUUCAAUUUUUAUCGAUUCUUCACAAAUUUUAAACUUUUUAAUAAAUCACAUUUCCGCUUUUGUUUCCACGUACACGAUGGCUUUGAUUGCAUUUCAUCGCUAUAAAGCCAUCGCUUAUCCCAUGCAAAAUCAACCUGGAAGAAAAGUCGGGAAAAGUGUAAUUAUUUCUAUUGUAUUAAUUUGGAUCCUUUCCAUAGCUUUUUCAACUUUGUUUCAAGAUUUUAAUAUUUUUGGACCAACCCCUGAAGAAAAUACAUUUUUUAGUCAAAUGUGUAGAUUAGUAUCUACUCCAGUCAAAGCAACAAAACAUGUACCAUUUUUUACCUUGAUUAUGAUGGUAAUAUUUCCGUUAGCUAUGGGGUUAGUGUUCUCACUGUUAGCAAUUUAUAAAUUAAGUUUCCACGGAACUGAAAAUAAUAUUAUUAAAAGAAAGCAGUUAAAAUCUGUGUUUAUUAUUUUAAUUGUUAUCGUUACAUUUGGUGUUUGUUGGAUACCGGUUAGCGUUUAUUUUGCGGUUGAGGGUGUGUUGUCAGGAGGAGGAGGAUGUGACUAUAAUUAUGUUUUAUAUGCUAUUUUUGGUGUUUUAUUGAUGAUACAAUUCACUGCGAACCCUAUAAUUUUUUGGGCUAUGGAUAGUGGAUUCAGAAAUGGGGUGACCCUUAUUUGGGAAAAGUUAAUAAAAUUAAUAAAAUAAAACUA